AUGAACGACGAUAGGCGCGAAGAACAGUGCCCGACAGCGCCUGCGGCAUCCGAUAAUAAUACAUCGAAACCACGACUCCUCAUUAUUGGCGCUGGUUCGCGCGGCAAUGCUUAUGCUCGAGCGACAGUCGAUUCAGGUUUGGGAAUAGUGGCUGCUGUAGCCGAGCCUGUUCAGUUCAAGCGCAGACUCCUCGGAUCACGAUAUAUUUGGCCCUCUAAUGAUCCCACUCCAGAGCAAGAAUUCAGCGACUGGAAGCAGUAUAUCAAGUAUGAACAACAACGACGCAAAGACGAGGCUGCUGGUGUUCCUGUACCACCCGGCGUCGACGGCGUCUUUGUGUGCGUACACGAUGAGCAUCACAUCGAUGUCCUGAUGGCAAUUGCUCCCUUGGGUUUGCACAUUAUGGCGGAAAAGCCACUGGCUACCACUCUAGCAGACUGCUUGCGGAUUGAAAAGUCCAUAAGAGCUGCUACAAAUGACCGUAUUUUUGCCAUCGGCCAUGUCUUGAGAUACUCGCCACACAACAUGCUUCUCCGACAUCUCGUUCGCGAGAAGCAGGUCAUUGGCGACAUCCUAUCGAUUGAACACACGGAGCCUGUGGGGUGGUGGCACUUUUCCCAUUCAUACGUGCGCGGUCAUUGGAGAAAAGAGUCCACCACUGCGCCUAGUCUGCUGACCAAAAGCUGCCACGACAUUGACUUCAUCCUGUGGAUGCUCUGCUCGCCCCUAUCCGGAAGCAAAGAGCCAGCUCAUCUUCCUGCCCGACUCAGUUCCGUUGGCUCUCUGAAGCAAUACCGACGUGCACAGAAGCCAAAGGAAGCUGGAGAUGCCACCAAUUGCGUUUCCUGCCCUAUCAGCAAUACAUGCAAGUACUCUGCAACUCGCAUCUACCACGAGAAGCAUCUGGCGAAAGGAAAUGCCAAGUGGCCCGUCGAGAUUGCGAAUCCCGAGACUGAGCACAUUCUCGAAACGCAAGGACCAGAACAAGCCAAAGCAGCUCUACUGCAGACUCUCUCUGAAGACUACGACGCAAAAACAACGCCUGUGCCCCAAAUCGAAGGCAGAUCCUGGUACGGCAGAUGCGUAUGGGAAAGCGACAACGAUGUCUGCGACGACCAAUACGUAACCAUCGAAUGGGAUGACGACGACGACGACCAAUCUUCCAAUCUGAGAGCAAAAACCGCUUCCUUCCACAUGAUUGCCCAAACACUCUCCCAAUGCGAACGACGCGGUCGCAUCUAUGGCACAUCGGGCGAGAUUUCCUACAACAGCAAAACCAUCACACUGCACAAUUUCAACGACGAUACCACCCACGUCUAUCAUCCCGAAGUCCCCCAAAACUCGCACCAUGGCGGCGGAGACCAUGGUUUGACGCAACAGUUUCUCAAAGCGAUUGCGGCGAGCAACAGUGGCGAGAUGAGUGUUCAUGCGGCGCAGGUGGAAUUUCUGGGAUGUACCAUGGAAGAGAUUAUCAGGUCGCAUGCAGCAGUUUUCGCGGCGGAGGAGGCUAGGAGGGAACGGAAGGUGGUGGAUUGGCGGGAGUGGUGGCAGAGAAAUGUCGUCGAUGUCGAGUCUAUAUGUACUUGAGCGUGUUUGUUAGAGCAUCUGUAUAAGGCAAC